AUGGCCAAUGCCCAAGACUCUGAGGCGGCCGUGGAUGAAGAUUACGACGAGGAGGCGGACAGCGACUUUCAUGCAGACGCUGCGGACCCCGAAGACUCCAAUUCCGCCUCGGAGGAUGAAGAACGCACCAGUGACGGCACAACUCAGAGGCCUCGAAAGCGCCGAAAGGUUGAGAAGGCGCAGGACAGCCUAAUCGCUGAACUAGAUUCAGGGGAUGAAGCUACAAUAAAGGAGCAGAAGCAUUCGCGGCGGCGGAGACACAAGAAAAAGGACGGACCGUCUGUUGAGAGUGAGAAUGAAUCCGAUGGAUGGCGUGCCCGUACCAGGGCUAUGCGCACCAGGGAGAAAGAAGAGCACAAGAAGAACUCACUGGCGUCUUGCAAAGGCAGUACCAUCGAUGUCGACAAGAUAUGGGAAGAGAUGAACCGGCCGGCUCCUUUAGCUCCACCUCACAUGGAAACGGAAGCACCUGCGCUGGUAAAACCGUUAAGCGAACCGAAGUCUUCCAAAGAAAGAACGUCUUUGGAGGGGGAUGGCAACAAAGAGAAUGAGCCCGCAGCGAGUGUUGAAGAGACAGUCACGAUCAAACGGACAUACAAGUUCGCAGGCGAGGUGCACGUUGAAGAAAAGACAGUACCCAGGUCCUCGGCUGAGGCCCAGUUGUGGCUGUCUCAACAGCAGUCGGCCAAACCUGCAACUCCAGGUCCGGAUGGCAAAAUCGUGAACAGACCACUACGCAAGAUAUCACGCUUCGACCCCAAUCUUAGCAAUUUGGGCGCUUUCAAGGCUGCCUGGGCCGCAAAAGAUAUCACGGGAACCGGCUUCAAAGGCCCCAAGCUCAACGUUGUCGAGAAGAGUAAGAUGGACUGGGCUGCACAUGUUGACACGGAGGGUCUGAAGGAAGAACUUGACACACACGCGAAGGCCAAAGAGGGUUACCUCAACAGAAUGGAUUUUUUGAAGGAUGUAGAGGAACGCAGGGAAGCCGAAGCUCGCGCAGCCAGGUUAAAAGGACAUUAG